CCUGGCAACGCUGCAUCAACUGUCUUUGAGAAAUAACAUUAUUUAUUUUUAAAUUAUUUUGCUCGUUGCAAUUGUUUAUUGAAUAUAAUAAAGCCAAUGAAUACCCCUGCUAUGUUUUAUCACAGUAUUUUCAGCGGCACGACAGAAACCCAAAAUCAAACAAUGUGGGAGAACUUUCCUCAUGUAGUGAAAUUAGAACCUGACUCCAGUAUUGAAUUUACGGAGCCUGAAAUCUGUGAACCUAUAGUGCCCAAGAAGGGGAAACAGCAACAAUGUAAAGUGUGUGGUAAAAUAUUGUCUUCUACUUCGAGCUAUUAUGUACAUUUAAAACUACAUUCGCAGAACAAACCUUACUCAUGUACAGUGUGCGAUGCAUCAUUUUGUCGAAAACCGUACUUGGAGGUGCACAUGCGGACACACACAGGUGAAAAACCAUUUGAAUGUGAUAUCUGCCACAAACGUUUCACACAGAAGUCGAGCCUCAAUACCCAUAAAAGAAAUCACACUGGACUGAAGCCAUAUGUGUGUCAAAUAUGUUUCAAAAGUUUUUCUAUCAAAUCGUAUCUGGUAGCACACGAGUAUAGUCAUGCAGCUGCAAAUGGCAUACCAUGUAAUAUAUGUCAAACAAGGUUCAGCAGUCGAAGUGACUAUACAACCCACAUGGAAUCUCACAAAACUAGGGAGUUUGAGUGUAAAUACUGCCAUAAGUUCUUUACCAAAGAGUCGUAUCUCAUUAGGCAUAGGAUCCGUGUUCACAAUGAUGAUUGAAUUUGUCAGGUAUCCACCUGUUGGCAAGGGUUUGGAUAACUACAGCAAGAUGUUCGAUGAAAGUGUCUCAGUUAGAUUAAUAAGAAAUGUACAUUUGUCGAAAAGAAUCGAAAUUCAGCAUUCUUUUUUAUAUAUUUUCAUGUAUUAUUUACAAAUAAAUGUCAUUUAUAUUCAUUUAUUGGAGAAACUUUCCGCUAAUAUCAACUACAGGCUUACAUAAGUGAAAUGAAAACUCAUUAAACUCAAGAAUCAUGCUUUCUGAGUAGUUAAAAAGUGGAGAGUAAAAGACUUGCAGCUAAAAACUCUAAUAAGAAUACUGUUUUCUUUUGAUGAUUCUAUUAUAGACAGUCUCAUUAAAUGACAUUUACUAUUUAUGAUGAGUGAUUUUUUGAUAUUUAUUGCCUUAAUAUUGUUUAUGCACAACUAGACUGAAAUGUUGUAUUUUUUUGUUUGAAUGUGAUUGACAUGGUUUUUGUUGGUUGGAGUUGAAACUUUUAUUAAAAUAUGCAGAAUCUGACAAUAGAGAAAUGAAUAAAAUAAUAAAUAAUGCCAAUGA